AUAAAUAUGAAAUUUUACCAAAGAUUAGAAAAAAAUUUAAAUUAAAUAGCAAUUAAAAAUUUUUCUGAAAGAUCAACAUUACUCAAAUUUUACGAUAAAGGUAAUAGAGUAUCAAUUUCAGGACUUAGAGUAACAAUAUUUGGUGCGACAGGCUUUUUAGGGCCAUAUGUUGGUGCUUAUCUUGGAUAUAUAGGUAGUGAUGUUAUCUUCCCUCAUGCUCAUGUAUAUGAUUAUGAUGAUUAUGUCAAAGAAUUAAAAUUAUGUGCAGGAACUGGAUAAAGCUAUUUAAUGAAACAUUUUAAUUUUGAUGAUGAUAAAAUGUAUGAUGCUGCAAUCAGAAAUUCUAAUGUAGUAAUUAACUUAGUUGGAUCUAGAUUGUAAGUAAAAGAUCUUAAAUAAGCUGCUUAUGCUAAUAUACAUAUUGCAAAAAAAAUUGCUGAAGCAUGUGCUAGAAACUCUAACGUUAGAAGGCUUAUUCAUUUCUCAGCUUGUGGAGCUGAUCCUAAAUCUCCUUCACCUGAUCUUUAAACAAAAUUCCACGGAGAAGAAGCUGUAUUGAAUAUUUUCCCAAAUGCAACUGUUAUGCGUCCUACUACAAUUUAUGGCAUGUAAGAUUAUUUCACUCGUCAUUGGAUCAAAGAAAGAGAAUGGUGGCAUCAUUUUAACAUAGUAACUGAUGAUUGCACAGCUAAAAGAUAACCAAUAUUAAUAAAUGAUGUUUGUUAAGCAGUUAUGAAUUCUUUGAAAAUUUAAGAAUCUGCAGGAUAAAUUUACGAAUUAGGUGGGCCUCAUUAAUAUAGCAGAUUAGAAAUUUAUGAAAUAUUAGCAAAUAUAACUGGAAGACCACCUAAAUUAGCUUAUUUAUCACAUGAUUUAGCUUUAAAGCUAACCUAAAAAUUUUAUAAUUGGGAAUUUUUCAAUAUGGAAACAAUUAUUAAAAAUAAAUUGGAUUUGGUUGUUAGUGGUAAUCAUAAAACUAUUGCAGAUUUAUGUGUCUAGCCAGUUUCUUUCCCUUAAGGGGCAGAAUAGUUUUUGGACGAUAGUAAAUUUAGAGGAGUAUAAACAUUCGAAGAACUAGAAAAAUGAAAAAUAAGAAAUACUUAAAAAUAUAUUAUUUUAUAUAUUUUUUUUUAUAAAUUUAAGUCCUUAAUAAGAAUCAUUAUUUU